GCCCCGGCCCCGGCCCCGGCCGCGGCCCCUCCGCCCUCGGACCCUCCCCCGCCGCCUCCCCCUCCCCCUCCCAAGGACUCGCCCUUCUCCAUCAAGAACCUGCUCAAUGGAGACCGGCCCCGGCCGCCCCCGAAGCACCAGCCUCCUCCGUCCCGGACUCUGUUGGGCCCGGUCCCGGGCCCGGCCUCGGCCUCGGCCGCCAAGGGCGUCCUGGAGGCGGGCGCCGCGGGCUUCGCGCUGUCGCAGGUGGGAGAGCUGACUUUUCCGCGCUUUGAGAUCCCGGCGCAGAGGUUUGCGCUGCCCGCGCACUACCUGGAGCGGUCUCCGGCCUGGUGGUACCCCUACACCCUGACACCCGCGGGGGGACACCUGCCCCGGACAGACGCGGUGGCGGUGGCGGCCUCGGCCUCGGCCCCGGCGGACAAGUCCCUGCGGAGAGACUCGUCCCCGGCCUCGGGCACGGACAGGGACUCCCCGGAGCCCCGGGCCGGGCGGGAGCCGGACCCCAAGGAGCGGGACUCCACCAGCCCGGACGAGAUCGUCCUGGAAGAGAGCGACUCGGAGGAGGGCAAGAGGGACGAGGCGGGCCCGCGGGGGGCGGCGGGCCCCCCGGGCCCCGACGACUGGAAGAAGCGGCCCGACAGCCCCGAGGAGAAGAAGCCCUGCCGCAAGAAGAAGACGCGCACCGUGUUCUCCCGCAGCCAGGUGUUCCAGCUGGAGUCCACCUUCGACCUGAAGCGCUACCUGAGCAGCUCGGAGCGGGCCGGCCUGGCCGCCUCCCUGCACCUCACCGAGACGCAGGUGAAGAUCUGGUUCCAGAACCGCCGCAACAAGUGGAAGCGGCAGCUGGCGGCCGAGCUGGAGGCGGCCAACCUCAGCCACGCCGCGGCCCAGCGCAUCGUCCGGGUGCCCAUCCUCUACCACGAGAACACGGCGGGGGACGGGGCCGCCACCGCCGCCGCCGCCCCGGGCCCCGGGCCCCCCGUGCCCGUCAGCCAGCCGCUGCUCACCUUCCCUCACCCCGUCUACUACUCGCACCCGGUGGUCACCUCCGUGCCCCUGCUGCGGCCGGUCUGAGAGCGGGGCGGGGCGGACGCGGCCAGCCCGGGGGAGCAGGGCUAUGUAUUGGCCGCCCCUUCCCGUGCCCUUCGACCCCGCGCUGGGGAGAGGGGCGGGCGAAGCUGGGGGAGGCGAGGUUGCGAGCCGCCGGGAAGGACGAGAAAAGCCCCCUUCAGCCGUCCGAGGACGAAACCUUUUGUAAAAAAAGCCACCCCAUCUGAAUGCGCUGAGCUGCGUGCUUUGGUUUAUUUUUAUAGGAAAAAAAACAGACCCCACCGUUUGCCUCUUGUCGAUUGAGGAUUUGCCAGGUGCAGAGACUUGGGGGAGAGGGGAAGGGGCGGGGGGCUCGGGCCGGUUUUCCUUCCCCACUCGCGAACCCCGAAGGUGUCCGCCUUCUCCUCGCGAAGGCUCCGCCGAUCCCGCUUCCCCGCCCCGAUCCGCAUCCCCGUCCCGCCCGGUACCCGGCCGGGAGCCGGGAUGGACGGAAAAACCCAACGGACCGUCCCCCUUCCCUCCCCACACGACCAGGCCCCGAAGAGCCGGAUCGAGCGCUCUUAUUUAUUGCCAACCUUUGAUUCAGGGGCUCUGGGUGGCCUGUGAAUGAUUAUGAUCGUUAUGGUUACGAUGAUUUCCUCUUUUAAAGGAGAUUUCGAUACGAAAAGCCGUACCUUUUUACCUUUUUUUGUAAAGUAACCGUUGUACUUUUGAACUGUGCAAUAUCGUAGGAACUUUAUGAAAGCACCGCUGCUUCCGAGAGCGAGGGGAGGCCAAAUCCAGGUAGAGUUGCGAUCGUUCAUGUAGCAAAAGGCAAGGGGAAGAAGAUUUUUUUCAAAGCAUUUAGUCCUGAAGAGAGAGGGAGAGACGAGGAAGGAAGGACG